AUGAAUAUUUGGGAUAAAGGCCUGAUCAAAGGGGCCAGGGCAGCAAAGUGGAGGAAAGAAGGUACAUUCUGUUCAGGAUCAUCUGACUUGUGCACAUCAUCACCGUGCCGAAAUGGGGCGACAUGUGUAAAUACGAUGGAUGACUACGUGUGUCUGUGUUCAAGGGAGGGUGUUCGGUACAUGGGGAAGGACUGCGAGGAGCUGUACAAUGCAUGUGUGUUAGCUAAAUGUGAAGGGUGUGUGAGUGAACCGGGCACUGAGCACUACACUUGCCCGGGGGAUGUCAACGAGUGUGAAAGUGGACCGUGUGUAGGCACGCUCUCCGAAUGUGUGGAUGAGCUUAUCGGCUACAGGUGCCUGUGCCCACCUGGUUUCGGAGGAGAGGACUGCAGUCGUCAGAUCACGGACUGCAUCGAUGAUCCCUGCCUCAACAACGGCACCUGCAAGCGGAUAGUGGAUGGAUUUGAGUGUACCUGUUCAAAUGGUUUCAGUGGAAAUAUCUGCGAAGUGGAUCUGGAUGAGUGCUCGUCACACCCGUGUCAGAACGGCGCCAUCUGUCUGGAUGGAGCCAACAAGUAUCUCUGCUUCUGCGUACCAGGUUACCAAGGACACAACUGUGAGAUUGACAUCAAUGAGUGUGCAUCCCGUCCUUGCUGGAACAAUGGGACCUGUAUAAACGAGAAAGACCAUUACAUUUGUGAAUGCCUUCUGGGAUAUUCAGGAGUGAACUGUGAGCUGGAGAUUAAUGAAUGUGAGUCAAAUCCUUGUCAAAACGGAGCCACUUGUCACGACUUUGUGGGGUUGUACACCUGUGACUGUGUGCAGGGGUUUGAAGGUUCUCACUGUGAGAUCAAUAUCGAUGAGUGCGAGAGCGAUCCAUGCCAGAAUGGAGGAUUCUGCCAUGACCUCAUCGCCAGUUAUGAAUGUCAAUGUGAAGGCACUGGAUUUAUGGGAGACCACUGUGAGGAGGAUAUUCCCGAGUGUGCUUCAGAUCCAUGCCAACACGGAUCAACUUGUCUGGAGGGCAUUAACCACUACAACUGUACCUGCUGGCCAGGUUUUAAGGGUGAUAACUGUGAAGUGGAUAUUGAUGAAUGUGCUGAUGCUCCCUGUGAGAAUGGUGGCGAAUGCUUUGAGAAGUCUAAUCCAGAUCACUGGGUAACAACAGACUGGGAGUUCAACUACGCCACGGUCGCUGGUUACGUCUGCCAAUGCCAACCAGGAUAUACAGGAGAAAAUUGUUCAGUAAACAUAAACGAGUGCGAGUCUGAGCCGUGUCAAAAUGGAGGAAGCUGUGAGGACCUCAUAAAUGGAUACACGUGUGUGUGCGCGGAUGGGUUCGCAGGUGUGGAGUGUGAAGUCAAUGUUGAUGAGUGUGAGAGCGCCCCCUGCCUGAACGGAGGUGUAUGUGCAGAUGGAGUUGCUGAAUACAAGUGUCAUUGUGCAGAAGCCAAAGAAGACCUCCUGCCUUGGGGUGGACCCCAGUGUGGCGUGCAACUGCUUGGUUGUAUUGAGCAUGCAUGCCAAAAUGGUGCCACCUGCCUUCCAUGGUUUGACGGAGAGACACAUGGGCAUACCUGUCUUUGCCCACCUGGUUUCUAUGAUGAUGUCUGCUCUACACCCACCACAUUCUCUUUCUCCUCACCGAGAUUCUUCUUGUUUGAGGUGCCACCACUCGAGCGCAGAAGGAGAGACACGGAACACCAGCGCACCCUGGAAGUCAGUCUGCGCUUUCGCACCACACUGCCUAAUAUGCUGCUGUUCUUUCGUGGAAGUGCCAAACUCUUCAUGUCACUGGAGAUUGUUGGGGGUAAGCUUCGUACCAGGGUGGUGUCAGGGGUCGGGGAAUCAUUGGAGGCACAAUUGCCGGGCCUUGUAAGUGAUGGAAGUUGGCGUCAGGCAAUUGUGAGCAUUAACGAACAGGUUAAAAAUGUUGUGCUACAAGUUAAAGGUCCAGGCUGUGAAAAUCAAGCAUGUAGAGUUAAAGAAAAGCUACCAGAAGACCAUGCAUCGUUCCUGCAUCAUAAGGGCCUCACAAAGGUAUAUGUUGGUGGUGUACCAGAGGAGUAUCUGGAGUUUACCUUGAGCAGCCAUAGCUUUUUGGGCUGUAUGGAAGACCUUCAGGUGGACGGCCAUCCUGUCCUGCCCCAUGAUCUAGGUAGCGACGUGGAGAGUGUAGAGGUGGGCUGUAUGAAGACGGAAUGGUGCCAGGUGCAACCACACCCCUGUUCUCAACGCGGGCGCUGCAUCGACCUCUGGACGGGCUACCGCUGUGACUGCUCCAGACCACACCAUGGAAAUGACUGCGGCCAAGAUUACCCCUCAUAUACAUUCGGUCAUGAGGACUCCACAAGCUUCCUUGCAUUUGAACUGCUGUCUGAUUUCGGCAAGAACUUCACGGUGUCAUUCUUACUGCGGUCACUCAAGAUGAGUGGAAUAUUACUUCAGUUACGUAGGGCGGGGCUUCAGGGUACAGAAGGGGAGGAUCCUUACUUCACCAUCUACCUGCAAAUGGGACGAGUGCAGGUGACCUCUGUGGCCGAGGCACCUGUUUUAUCAUCGCCGGGUUUUGUCUGUAAUGGAGAAAAGCCACUGCUGCAGGUGGACGUACAGGAAGGUCAGGUGUUUUUCAGACACGGAGGGUUGCGCCAUGGACUUGGCUCUCUCCCUGAACUGGAAGUUCUGGGUGGAGACUUGGUGUAUGUGGGUGGGGUCCCUGGUGAGGAGGAUGUAGCUGAGUGGGGGGGUCACUUUGAGGGCUGCUUUCAGGAUCUGAGACUAGAUGAUGUGCAUUUGGAUUGGGUAUCAUGGAACGAAACCCUCAGCGAGACUGUGUAUAUCUCCAGUGAGGCAGAAAAUGUGCUUCCUGGAUGCAUCAGUGAUGACACAUGCAAGGUGCAACCUUGCUUAAAUGGUGGUGAAUGUACUGUCACAUGGAAUGACUUUACAUGUUCCUGUCCACAAAAUUUCACUGGAAAAACAUGCAAAACCAGAGUUUGGUGUGUGAGCAACCCAUGUGUGAAUGGCGGACGCUGCGUGGACCUGUUCGACGGUUUUGAGUGCAUUGCUAACGCAACUUUCGACAAUACUCCAUUACACUACAGUGCUAUGGGAUCAUUAGUUGCCCCGGUUACCAACAUUACUAUGGAACUCCAAACAAGGCAGGUAAACGGCGUUCUACUGCGUGCAUGGAGAGGGGCGGAGCUUCUCCUGAUUGGCCUGGUGGAUUCAAGCAUUCAGGUGGAGCUUCAUAAUGAGAACAGUGUGGAACCAGUGAUCUUCUCUGGACAGAGACACAUUGCUGACGGCAACUGGCAUCAUCUGAAGGUUGCCAUGGCCCUGCCAGAGGGCGAUACAUCACCUUGGGUCAUUUUGGUGGACAGCAUCAUUGAUGGUAGCAGUGCCCCUUUGCAAACUGGUAGUUUACGUUUUCUUGAAGACAGAUCAAGUGAGGUGGCAUUGGCAGACACGUACACAGGGUGUCUAGGUGCUGUGAGAGUGGGCGGGGUCUAUCUUCCAUUUGUAAACAACGUCAAACCACCUCAAACAUCACAGUUUUGGCGACGACAGGACGAGCGUGUGCACAUAGGGUGCUUUGGUGCUCCGGUUUGUGGCUCUCAUCCAUGCAGGCAUGGUGGCACCUGUUUAGAUCUCUUCAAUAUGUUUGGAUGCCAGUGCCCAUCUGGCUGGGAAGGGGCCACCUGUGAGAAGGAAACAGACGAGUGUAUUUUGGGACCCUGUGUCCAUGGCAAGUGCAAGGACAUGUUUAAUGGGUUCGACUGCAUGUGUCACCCAGGCUACACUGGACCAACAUGCUCAGAAAAUGUAGAUGACUGCAAAAGGUCUCAGUGUAAGAAUGGGGGAACCUGUGUGGAUGGAGUUAAUGACCACACCUGCAUCUGUCCACCAAAGUACAGCGGAACACGUUGCCAGUUUAACUACCCUCCUCUAAAGUGUGAGCUGGAUGUACAUUGUGAAAAUGAUGGUGUUUGUCAUGACACUCAGUGGGGGGCAAACUGCACCUGCUCUCCCGGAUUCACAGGAGACAGAUGCGAGACUGAAAUCAACGAGUGUGCGUCUAGUCCAUGUCUAAACGGUGGAUCGUGUCUGGAUCGGCUGAACCGUUUUGAGUGUUUGUGUCCAGCAGGAUUUAGUGGCCAGUUCUGCGAAACAAAUAAACAGGCUCAGAAAGAUCGUAUACCAUGGCUGGCGAUUGCGGUUCCAUUGGUAUGUGGCUGCGUGCUCUUGGCGGCAAUCGGUCUAAUGUUCAUGUUGAUGACGGCGCGUAGGAAGCGGCAGUCAGAAGGAACGUAUUCUCCAAGCCAACAGGAAGUUGCUGGUGCACGCCUGGAGAUGGACAGUAUGCUGAAAGUACCUCCUGAAGAGCGUCUAAUCUAAAAUGAACACGCAAACAGAUGCAUAGACCCCUCUUUGUGACUCUGUGUAAUGAUAUUGGGACUUUGAGACCACCGAGUAUUAUAGAGCCACAAUGAGAUGCAAGUGCUACAUGAUACGUUCAAAAAUACUACAGCAAAUAUCUGUGAAAGAAGACAUAUGAAAAGGGAAACCUGAAGGCAUUGAAUACGGUGAAUCUUUCACCCGUGAUUUGAAACUCAUUCAUCUCAAAUGAUCUCCGACGCUGCAAAUUUGCAAAGUGAAUACGUUUUCCAGAUCAGUCACACUGUCCCUAUGCUUUAUGUAAAUACAGUAGGGCCCAUGGGAAAGAGUAAAGGAUGUAGAUCUACAUC